UCGUUUCCAAUACCUCGGGCGCCGCUUUAUAACCUCGGAGACAAUUGGAUCGAUUAUCCUCCUCUCUCGCAGUCGCAGACACCAGGAAGAAGAGAAGAAAGUCAUGUCCGCCGUAAAUGGAAACACUCCGGCAGAUCCUCCGGCGUCAAAGCUACCUGCGUCUCCGACCAAGACUGUUGACAGCCAAUCUGUUCUCAAAAGGCUGCAAUCUGAGCUAAUGGGCUUGAUGAUGGGUGGUGAGCCGGGAGUCUCGGCUUUCCCGGAGGAAGACAACAUCUUCUGUUGGAAAGGGACAAUAAAAGGAAGCAAAGAGACUGUCUUUGAAGGAACUGAGUACAGACUCUCACUCUCUUUCUCUAAUGACUAUCCUUUUAAACCUCCAAAGAUCAACUUCGAGACUUGUUGCUUCCACCCCAAUGUUGAUCUCUAUGGCAACAUCUGCUUGGACAUUCUUCAGGAUAAAUGGUCAUCUGCUUAUGAUGUGAGGACAAUACUACUAUCGAUCCAGAGCCUUCUUGGAGAACCGAACAUAAGCUCACCAUUGAACACUCAAGCAGCUCAGCUCUGGAGCAACCAAGAAGAGUAUAGGAAGAUGGUUGAGAAGCUCUACAAGCCUCUCACUGCAUGA